AUGGAGGGUGAAACUGAAAAAACAGAUGAACUACAGAAAGCAGAGGCCAAUAAGAAAGCAGAACCCAUACCAAAGCAACAAGAUACAGUACCAGCAAAAGAACCUGAACUUUCAAAACCUGAAAAAUCAACUGAACCAGCUAAGGCAAUUCAACAGGAACAGUGUCAGCUCAAUGAUGGGAAAGAAGAUGCUACCACACAGAAGCCAGCACCUUCAGGUUUCCAAACAAAUGAGUAUGCUGAUGCCCAACUUCAAGAGAUUGUCAGAAAAAUGCGGGAAAGGGCAACAGUCUACAAGGAAAAGCUGAAAGACCCAGUGCUGUCCUCCCCUGAAGGCAGCCCUACAGCUUCACCAUCAAAGAAGAAGCCUCCACCCCCACCAAAAGAAGAAAAAAAAGAAGAAAAGAAAGAGGACGCAGAAGCAAAGCCAGAGGAGGAUCAUUACUGCGACAUGCUGUGCUGUAAAUUCAAAAAACCUCCACUGAAAAAAUACAUGGAGUAUCUGCAGCUACCAGACAGCAUAGACUCAUACACAGAUCGCCGUUACGUAGCAUGGCUCAUGCUUGUGACGAUUGCCUAUAACUGGAAUUGCUGGUUUAUUCCCCUUCGCUUUGUGUUUCCAUAUCAAACCCCGAGUAAUACAAUAUAUUGGGUUACUAUUGACAUCAUUUGUGAUAUCUGCUACCUGUGUGACUUACUGAUUUUCCAGCCCCGAGUGCAAUUUUUAAGAGGUGGAGAUAUAAUAGUAAACAGAGUGGAAAUGAAGAAAUUCUACCACAGCUCUAUGAGGUUUCGGCUCGAUGUGCUAUCAGUAUUGCCAUUUGAAGUUUUAUACUUCUUCUUUGGAUUUAACCCAGCAUUUAGAGCAAAUAGGAUGUUAAAGCAUAAUACAUUCUUUGAGUUUAAUGAUCGUUUGGAAGCUAUCCUGGACAAAGCAUACAUCUACAGGGUCAUUCGAACAACUGGGUACUUGCUGUUUAUCUUGCACAUUAAUGCAUGCCUCUAUUAUUGGGCUUCAGACUAUGAAGGACUUGGCAGCACCAGAUGGGUGUACGAUGGCAAAGGAAACAUGUAUCUGAGGUGUUACUACUGGGCAGUUCGUACUUUAAUCACCAUCGGUGGCCUUCCAGAACCACAUACCCUGUUUGAGAUAGUUUUUCAACUGCUGAAUUUUUUCUUGGGUGUCUUUGUCUUCUCCAGCUUGAUUGGUCAGAUGAGAGAUGUAAUUGGAGCAGCUACAGCAGGACAGAAUUACUACCGUUCCUGUAUGGACAACACCGUCUCCUAUAUGAACACUUAUUCUAUUCCAAAACUGGUCCAAAACCGUGUUCGAACCUGGUAUGAAUACACAUGGGACUCUCAGGGAAUGCUGGAUGAAUCAGAAUUACUGGAGCAGAUGCCAACCAAAAUGCAACUCGCCAUUGCAAUUGAUGUGAACUUUGCCAUUGUCAAUAAAGUUGACUUAUUCAAAGGGUGCGAUACCCAGAUGAUAUAUGACAUGCUCCUAAGGUUGAAAUCCAUUGUGUAUUUGCCUGGUGACUUUGUCUGCAAAAAGGGGGAGAUUGGCAGAGAGAUGUACAUCAUUAAACAGGGUGAAGUGCAAGUCCUCGGAGGCCCUGAUGGUACAAAAGUCCUGGUUACGCUAAGAGCAGGAGCUGUAUUUGGGGAGAUCAGCCUAUUAGCUGCAGGUGGAGGAAAUCGAAGGACUGCCAACGUGGUGGCUCAUGGCUUUGCCAACCUUUUCAUUCUGGACAAGAAAACACUCAAUGAAAUCUUGGUGCAUUAUCCUGACUCAGAAAAACUUCUCAUGAAGAAAGCAAAGGUGCUGCUGAAGGAGAAGGGGAAACCUCCUCCAGGACCACCAGUGCAACAACCACAGGGCUUAGCUAGUCUGUUUGGGAAGGAACGGGAAACUCCAAAAUUGUUUAAAGUGAUGCUUGGCAGUAAAGGAAAAGAAGGCCUUGCUAGGCUGCUGCAGCUGAAGAAAGAACAAGACAUUCAGGUAAUGCCACAGAAAAUAGAGUAGAUAAUUCCAGGUGCUGAAGAGGGAAACAGGAAAGAUCCUGGGAUAGCCUGGGCAAACAGAGUAGAUGAAAAUGUAGCCUUACCGCAAUCAACGGCAAAAACUCCCAGUAGCUGACAUAUAAUCACUGUGCCUAAUCUCUGUAAACACUAAUUCUAAAUUUGGCUCAAAUCUUCCUGGACCCGGACUCCAUGCAGAGCACAGAAAACAGAAGCAAAGAAAA